UAAUGCUCAAAAUGACGUCAAAGACAAAAAAAGGAAGUACGAUUACUCUGGAGAUGGACUUAAUUCUAGUUCAGAUGGAUUUACGGGAGAAACAGAUUCAGAGUUUGAUACAGAUGUUGACAGUGAUAAUUAUGAAUCUGAAUAUUUAGGAACUCCAACACCAAUAGGACCUAAUGAAAACAAUGUUUUGAAACCUAAAUUUGACCCAUCACAUUUUAAAUCCAAUUAUGAAAAAAUGGAUAAUGCUGUCAAAUGGAAAUUAAGUUCUGGAAAAUUUCUUGAAAACAUAAUGUAUGAUUAUGGAAUGGUACUUGAAUAUGAAGAUCCAGUACACUCAUGGGUUCUUGAUUUAAAUGAUACCAAAGUCAUGAAAGGGUUUAAUGAAGAAGAUGUGAAAGAAUUAAAGAAAAAUUACAUUAUUGUGCCAAAAAUUUCAGAUGAACUUACCACAUUUUUAUUUUCUCAUAUGAUAACUGAUAUAUCUAAGUAUUGUGUAAUAAAUUUUUCCUCUAUUUUAUGUCAUUUCUUACAAUACACUUUUGGUUAUAUUGGCGAAAUUCCAAAUGAAGCACAUAAUGACAGAGUGUAUAAUAUUAAUUAUAUCCAAAAACCAUCACAAUCUGGACUGAGAAAAAAGCUCGAUGAAUCUUAUCUUCAAGAAAACAAAUCAUAUAAUCAAGAAAUGCAUUUUGUUUAUGAUUACAUAAAACAUUCCAUCAAAAAAAUGUUGUUGUUUUGGGAGGAUCCUCAAAAUGCAUUGCUUAAAGAACAUCCAGAAAAUUGGUUUAAUGUAAAUUUGUGGGGAUCCCUCAGAGACCUCAUCAUUAGAAAUGUACCUGGAUUUGACAAUAUAAG